CUCAGAUUGCAGUUCAAUGUUGCAAUCUACCUACUAUCUCUCCGAAGUCUCAGCUUCCGAGGUCGCCCCAACGAACUCAUCAACAUAGCGCGCAUUUUAUCAGGUAGUAUCAAUCAUUUAGGAUACUUCUGGCUGCCACCUAAGCGCCCUCAAGGUCUGCUGGUAGACCUCUCAUCGUGGGCAUGAGAAAGUCAUCACCCUCCCUUUUGUUGGCCUAUAAUUCUGGUCCAACCCGACGAAUCCUUUCCUCUAUUCGCUUGCCACCAUGGCAUCAACGCUUCCAACAUACCACGAACGAUAGUCACUCUACUACCGAACCAACUGGCGAAAUUGUAACACCUCCUCCAAAUUCCGGCCCCAGACUGCCGUUCCGUUUCGAGACCGGCUUCGCGCUAUUCGCUAAACGAACUCCGAGACCGUUUCCUCCACCUUUCCUAUCCCCUCCUUCCGGAUCUUUUUCCGACCCUCUCAGCACUCAUCACCAGAGUCGCGACAAACGAGCCUUUGUCCACGGUGAAAUUAUCCGUGGGUGGACUAAUGGAGACGAUGCUGUCUAUGCUAGCGAUAACUUCAUAUGCGCCAAUGACGGCGUUGGCGCUUGGUCAGCACGACCAAGGGGCCAUGCAGGCUUAUGGUCGAGGUUGAUCCUACAUUUUUGGGUGGCGGCGAUGCAAGAGGAUAUCGCAGAACCACGGUCGUCGGACCACCCGUACCGUCCAGACCCCAAACAGUACUUACAACAAGCGUACGAGCGUACCAUCGAGGCUACCUCUGGGCCCAGUGACUGUCUAGGGACUACGACUGCAGCAGGCGCGCAACUCUACUACAAAGUCGAUACGUCCAACUCAACGUCGUCAGUGUCACCGCUUUUGUAUGUUACCAACUUGGGCGAUUCUCAAGUCAUGGUUGUACGUCCGAAAAGUCGAGAAAUGGUAUACAAAUCAAAAGAACAGUGGCACUGGUUCGAUUGCCCGAGACAAUUAGGGACGAACAGUCCAGAUACUCCAACCGAGAACGCAGUCAUUGACACAGUAGAUCUCCGUGAAGGCGAUAUUGUCCUGGCCAUGUCCGACGGGGUUAUUGACAAUCUCUGGAGCCACGAGAUAGUUGAGAACGUGUCCCAAAGUGUCGAGCGUUGGGAAGCGGGAGAAGGGGGCCAAGCCAAUGGCCCCCGCAAAGACGGCGCAAAUGGCGGUAUGAUAUUUGUCGCCGAGGAGCUUGUCAAGGCUGCGAAGCAGAUUGCGUUGGACCCCUUCGCAGAGAGCCCCUUUAUGGAGCAUGCGAUCGAAGAAGGAUUGGCCAGUGAAGGCGGGAAACUUGACGACAUUAGUGUCGUAGCUGCGUUGUGUCAACGGAACACAGCAUGACACCUUCACCUAUCGACAAGACAUAUCGUGUCCCAAUGGCGAACUGGGCACACAUCCCUGGGAAUUCUAUCAGCUGGGUGGUAAUGUUAAAUAAAGCGGUAUCAUAAUAGAACGACGUUGCACCCUUAGGUAUCUUUCAAAGGAUUAGAUAUACAUCUAUAGACGAAGUCUUAAUAACUACAUAUAUUAGGUAUACACGGGUUACGAUACAUAUUACGAUGGCACGACGUUGGAGGGAUAUGUACCUAUCUACUAUGUACGUACCACUAAGUAGGUACUAUACGUAGGUAGGUAAUUAUUUAGAUAACUUAGAAGUUGGAAAUACAUAUUGAACAUAUCUACACGAAUGUCUCCUCUAUGAGCAUUCUAACGAAAGCUCGGGAUCGCGACAAC